AUGCAUCUGAACCCGUUGGUGCAAGGGUUGCAGAGUGCAGCGAGUACGUGGCCGCUGUGGACAGGCAUUGUGCUCCCAAGCACCAGGAUGUGGUCUCCCCCGACAAGGAAGGGUUGUCGACCCUCGCUCCUCGGUUCCCAAAUAGCUGGAACCAGGAGAGUUUUGUGGCUCGCGUCAUCGCGCCCUCUCCCGAAACUCCACUGUCCGAGCCAGCAGCUACCUGGUCAGCCAGGCCAGGCUCUCCUCUCUGUUAGUUUCAAACCUGCAGAGCGGCCCGCCGAGGGGUUCGUUCGUCGAAUUGGCCCAGGCAAUUUCUUCUUCCAACCUUCAUCAAAAUCACCCCCGCCCAGGAAACAUUGUUAG